AAUAAUUAAACAAAGAUCUCCAACACCAGCCGCCACGUUCUGUAUUGUGUCCUUGAUAAAGCGACUUUUAUCCAAUUACAAUGAAUGCAUUUUCUUGAAGCAAUAGCCUACAAUUCUUUGAAAGCAAACGCAGAUGUCUAUAAACGUACCAAGUUUACUGUUGGCUCUGGUGGUCACAGUUAGUUUUAGGACUGUUGCCUGUUACAGUAAUGGAAAAGUGACAGAUGCUUGCAGGAGCAUGGAACCAAAUCACGGUCAUCAUUCAAGCACAAAACCCCACACCUAUACAAUAACGGUGGACAAGAGUAUAUUUAGUCCUGGGGAUCAAGUGCAAGUAACCCUGUCUGCUUCCAAAUCUGGGACAACAUAUUUCAAGGGUUUUCUUAUCGAAGCUCGUGAUGCGGCAAAUCUCGAUGGUGGUGCAGUGGGAUCGUUUACUCUUGUUAAUAUCACCAAGUCACAGCUAUUGAAAUGUGGCCACACGCAGGAGUCGGCGGUGAGUCACACAAGUGACAGCAAAAAGAGACAAAUCCAAGUUACCUGGAACUCUCCGGAAAGUGUUCCACCCAGUAUCCAAUUUCUGGUGACGGUGGUUCAUAAGUAUGAUGUUUACUGGGUGAGAAUUCCUGGCCCUGUGGUGUCUCAGGCUGGAGUUACUCCAGGACCACACAACACUGCAACGACCACAGCACCCACUGUUCUGCCAAGACCAUUCAGCUCUGAGGGCUGUGGCACCAGGAAGUCCUGCCUGCGAGACCCUGUGGGUUGUGACCCAGAGCUGGAGCCCAUCUGUUUCUUCCUCUCCUUCACCACAGUGGGGCAGAGCACACUGUUUGAGCUCAGCGGGACAGCCGAUGGCUACAUAUCCUUUGCGCUCUCACUGGACAAAUGGAUGGGGAAUGAUGACAUGUACCUGUGUGUGCGAGAUGGUAACAGGGUGGACAUUGAUGCUGCCAAUGUUGUAGGCCGAACCCAUCCAGUGUUGGCGUCACAGAGCUUUCUAACUGACACUGCGUGGAGGCUAUCAGAUGGGGUCAUCCAAUGCAGCUUCCGAAGAGAUGUUCACAUCCCCCAGGACCUCACCAGAUUCAGCCUGAACGAGAGCUACUACCUGUUCCUGGCAAAUGGGAGAGCUGAAAAUGGUAUGAUCCACAGGCAUGGCAGACAGCCUCUGAUAUCUACCUUUCAGACAGUCAUUACUGGGGCUCCUCAGAAUUUAAGUGGGUCACGUUCUCCUUUGCUCAUGAAAUUCCAUGGUGCUUUCAUGCUUAUUGCCUGGAUGACCACUGUCAACACGGGUAUUAUUAUUGCGCGCUAUUUCAAAGAUGUUUGGCCUGAUAGAGCCCUCUGUGGACUUGGGGGUUGGUUUCAGGUGCACCGAGCCUUGAUGGUCCUGACCGUGCUGCUAACCUCUGUGGCGUUCACCUUACCCUUUAUUUACAGAGGAGGCUGGAGUCACAGUGCUGGAGCUCAUCCUUAUCUGGGCUGUACUGUCAUGGCUCUUGCGGGGAUACAGCCUGUGAUGGCUGCCUUCAGACCCCCGCCAGGCUCUGCACGGAGGUACAUAUUCAAUUGGAUGCAUUAUUGUGCUGGUACGAUUGCACAGAUAAUUGCUGUUGUUGCCAUAUUCCUGGGGAUCCAUCAGCAGGCUCUCCAUCUUCCCGGGCCCUGGUCCACAGGUAUCCUGGCGGGGUUUGUUGUCUGGGGCGUGGUAGCUGAGCUGAUUCUGGAGUUUCACAGUAGAUGCUCUUUCAAAUGUGAAAGGAGCGACUCGGAAGAUAAAGAAAUACUGCUUGAAUCCACACAAUUAACCAGCAGUGAAGGUAGUGUAUUUAAAAAAGUUGUGUUGGCGGUCUUCCUCUGCGGGAACGCUUCACUGCUGAGCGGUCUGCUGUACUCUAUAAGCAGCGUCUGAGAACAACGCAUCGCACGGCCCCGUUUUUAUAUCCCGUCCUAACGCUGCGAAAUGUAACGCACAAUGCUCCGUUUCUGAGACCGACUGCACUGAUCGCCCGCCUAGGGGAAUGAUUUUUAUCUUAAUAUAUUCUAUGCAAGGUUUCUACAUCUACAGGAAAUGUAGGUGUGUUUUCUUUAAUGUUGCUAGGUAUGGAGGAAUGCCCUGAGAAUGACUUGAAUGAUGUUGGAAGUACAUAAUUAUGCUUGAGCACAAUUGUGUAAUGUAUCUACUUAACUGCAAGCAGUAUUGUCCGUUUUCUGCCGAUAGCACUUCAUUUCUGAUUACUCUUCAGCUGAGCUUGCAUGGUGAAACAGGCUACAUUUUUAAACUUUCAAACCAACAUUCAGACCAAAAUAACAUUUUUGAGAUCUGUUUUCUGUUGUUGUUUUUCAGGAUUUGUUUCUAUAUGUGUUACUCUAACAUUUUACAUACAUGCUCAAAGUAUGUAUGAAAUAUUUUUAAAUGGUGACAUGAGCACUACAUUCUUAGAAUGUUUUAAAAUGGAAGAAUUUUAGACUUUGUGUCCCUUGGAAGAAUCAUUUAUUUAAAAUUUAUAUGAAAUAUGCAUUACUUUUUAAAAACAUUUGUAAUGGUAAUUCUAAGUAAUUUAGAAGAAUUGAUGAUGAUGAUAAUUAAUUGGACAUUGGUUAAUUAAAGCUUUCAGUUGGCUUAGUUUUUUUCCCCCUAAUGACAUAUACAUUUUCCUGGUAUGUAUUGUUACUGUACUGAACUGUUUUUUAAUAUACCAUGUAUCAUUUGUGCAAGGAAUUUUUAAAAUUUUUAUAUAGCACUUACACUCACUGAGCAUUUUAUAUACACCUGUACACCUACUUAUUCAUGGGAUUAUCUAAUCAGCCAAUCGUGUGGCAGCAGUGCAAUGCAUACAAUCAUGUAGAUACCGGUCAGGAGCUUCAGUUAAUGUUCACGUCAACAAUCAGAAUGGGGAAAAAAUGCAAUCUAAGUGACUUUGACCGUGGAAUGAUUGUUGGUGCCAGACAGUGUUUUGAUUAUUUCAGAAACUGCUGAUCUCCUGAGAUUUUCACACACAAUAGUCUCUAGAGGUUGCAGAUAAUGGUGCGAAAAACAAGAAAACGCCUUAAUGUUAAUGUUAAUGAGAGAGGUCAGAGGUGAAGGGCCAGACUGUUCAAAGCUGACAGGAAGCAGACAGUAACGCAACAGCAUUACAACAGUGGUAUGCAGAAGAGCAUCUCUGAACAAACGUGUCAAACUUCUCAAGUGAAUAGACUACAGCAGCGGAAGACUUAAGUCUAAUAAAUACCUAAUAAAGUGCUCACUGAGUGUGCCUUUCAACAAUAUCAGAACCUGUCAAGGCUGCUGAAACGGGUGGGCAGCUUUAAAACUUUGCCAUUGUUCAGAAGUAUAGAUGGGUUGUUGCCUUUUGAUAGAGUGCACUAAGCAAGAGCUAUAAUCAUGUGGAGACUGGCUUUUCUGCAAGGCUUUCAAAGGCCUCCUGCUGCCCACAGUUACAUCAGUAACCUGUCCUCACGGCACCUUUUAGUUCUUUGCAAUGUUUCUUUUCUGCAAUUAAAUAAGUAUAUUUUUGUUUUUCCAUUAGCGCCUAGUAGCCUUUUUACUGUAAUGUGUGUGGGCUGAUGCCUAAUGCACCUGUUUUGGGAUUUUUAGAGACUGUCUGAAAGCACAAUUAAAGGAUACAUGAGCAAUUUU